GGACCGGCAAAGAGCAUGCGCAGUACGGUUUGCUUGGCGAUGGAUCGGGCAGAGAGCAGGGUGAUAGCAACAACACCACCGGUAACUUGUAACAUGGAGGAGAGGUUGAGCCAAGCCAGCAGCCUUGGAAGUGGGACCCACUUGUCCAACGUGAGUGGAUUCUCACUGGGAGAGGCGAUUGUUCAGCAAGCUAAGCAGGUCAUUUAUAAACAUCACAAAGAGGAGGGUCCCAGAACAGAUCCCUGUGAACCAUCCACAACCAACCUUCGUCUUCUGUGGUCAAGCCAAUUCUGGAUCCACAAAGCAAGGGUUCUGAGUUAUGGCCCCAGCUUCAGUCAGAAGCUGGUACCGGAGAAGUGACUUCAGCCACAGCAUCCCCUCUGCUUUUGGGAGGCACAGACUGCACACAGACUCUUGAGGAGUUCCCUACUAUGGAGGAAGGAACAAUCACCAUUACCGAAGAACUGGGGAGUCCGCACAGUGAAUUUGGACCGUUCCAAACCCUGCAAAUGUUUGAGCUGCAGAAAAGUGAUCAGUCCCCCGCCUUAGCACUUGUUGCCACCUGCUCAGUGGAAGGCGAUAUGUCUCAAUCCAUCCAUCACUCUUCACUGGAAUUUGCCCCUCUGAGGCCUGCUCCUGAUCUGUCUGGAGUAUCGCAUGAGGGAUGUCCAGGAGAUUUCCGGGCCAACAGCUUGUUGCAGCCGUUCGUUUCAACGGUAUCUUCAGGCCACCUGAAGGGUAGCCCUUCUUCUCGUGAGGAGCAGACACCCCAGCUUGGCAGCGAUGCCUGGACCCUGUCCCAGUGCCCACUCAAGUCCCCCACCCCUGGGUCAGAAGCUACAGAGGAUGAGGACAUGUCUCGCAUAGAUAGCUACAUCCAGGACCAGCACUUCAUGGAGCUUCCAUCCCUCCCUCUGGGCCGCGAGUUGUAUCGCGUUCCCUUUCUUGACUGCGGGCCCUUGCUGGCGCAGGGGGUGCCCACACAUCCGUUAUCGGAGCAGCUGGAUCUGCUCGGUAACUCAGGGAUGCAAACUGCAGGGGUUCAUUCCAAUCAGAGCAGUGGCCCGCCGAGGCUAGGGACAAUUACCCGUGGCACCAUGACCCCUGAGGUGGAUGGAUGGAGGGACACUGACCAGCAGCGUUCCAGUGCAGAGGAUGGGCAGGCCUCACCACAGCCUGCGCAGAAUCAGAGGGGUCCGGAGAUCUCUUACCAGCAUCAGCCAGGAGUUGAGGCUGCUCAACCAUCUUGUCCUGAUGGAAGCCAUGAACCGUCCUCUGCUGGGGGACCAGAUGCAUCAGGCAGUGGCAAUACCACAGGAACCGGGCUGGUAACUUCCAUCUCAAAUACCCACACUCCCAACAAUGGCAAGGAUGAUACUGCUAUCGAGGUUUUGCCCAACAGAGGCAGCAAGGAGCAGGAGAGCCAUAUGUCUCCCGUGGUCUGCCCACUGAGCUGCACCGAUUCGUUUAUUACCCCUACCGUGGCAGCCCCCCUCUGCCAGUCCACACCAACCAGCUACCCCUCGGGCCAGGGCAAGAGAGCAGUGGGUCACCAGCCUGAAUCCUCCGGCCCCCUUGAUUUCCUGUCGGCACCAUGCUGUGAGGAGCUGGAGUCCCACAGUGCCAGCUGGGAGCCCGUGCAGUCUUCCCCAGGUGCCAAAUGGUCCCUGCCUCCCUUAGGCUACUUGGAGAAGGCGAGAGCCUCAAAUCCAGUGAUGCCUCUUAGCUUUGAUAGCUUGGUGCUCCGUGGCCUGAGGGGGGUGUCUCCCCGUCAGCGAGCUUACAGUGCCAUUGCUGACUCCCUCAAUCACAUGCUGGCCCAGAGCAGUGGGGGACAGGACCCGGGCCGCUCGCCCAAGAGGAACAUCGCAGUGGCCUUUGGAGCUGGGCCGAAGUCCGUCCAGACUGCUGGUCGGAUCGGCCGCUGCUCGCAGGCAGGCACUGGGAGCGACAGCCAAGACCGCACCUCAAUCUGCAAACCUGACUGCUCUCCUUGCCUCCCAAAGGAUGUUGGAAACUGCAGUGUCGACUCAAUGGUGUCAGACGGUGCCAACAGAGAGGGUCUUCAGCCCGGCCACAGUGCAGCUGGCCUCUUGCAACAGGAUGUCCUUCCAGACCCCAGCUCCAGCAAUGGGCAGGAGGAGGACAGCUUGGAGCAGAACUCCAGUCUACCUGAACACCAGACACUCUCUCCCUUCCCAGAACCACUCGUCGCAGCUCACACCCACCAAUUCGAGACGACUUUCACAGACGAUGGCACGAAUCCCCAGGCUAGCUCCCUGGACACCAGCCAAGCUGGCGAGCACACACUGACCGUGUCCGGCCAUUCAUUGACCAGCCUGGAAGUGGAUAACUACGUUCCCACUUGGGCGCCAUCAUCAUUGACUCCUGAAAUCAACCACUUCAACUUCGAUGACCGAAUUCCGGUUUACCUCCGGAAUCUGGGAAUUAACCAGUCUCCCACCAGCAUACUGGGAUCUAGAGGGCUUUUGAAGGAGGUUGAAUUCAAUACCUCUGAACAGAAAAUUCUGCAAGAAGCAGGGUUGGGAAGAUUUUCGGUUGCAGAAGAAGUCUCUGCAAAGGACAGUGAUUCUGUCUGCACUUUCUAUUCGGAUGUCGUAACCCACAACACUUCUAUUACCUUGGGCGUGGAGACAGGCCAGAAUACUCCCAGUCCAGGUGGCCCAUUACUUGGGGUGGCUGAGAUGAAGGGGCUGGAACCAUUCCCCCCCGGGUCCAACAGCAGCACCUGGCACCCAGUUCAGGCUCUGCCUAACCCAAAGGACUCACUGGGUUAUGACAGUGUUCGUGACUCAGAAGCUGUCUCCCUCAACCGAUUGGAGAAUGCAACUGCCAGUUCUCUGCUGCUCUGCUCCUCGCCCGGAGGCAGGGCGGUGCUCACUGUUCCUGUCGCAGACCCGGGUGCCACAGAGACCCCUCUGCCAAGUCCUGGGGGCUGCGGAACCUACCAUCUCCACUGCAGCCACGUGCCUCAGCAAGAUGACUCCUUCAUCGGGUCGAAGACAUUGAGUGAGAUCCGCAGGCUGCUGGGUGGAGAGAGGGUGACGAAUUCUGGCCAGGAUGAGGCCACUGUGCUGGGGUAUGAUGAAAAAGAGGAGCCCCUCUGUCAGUGGGACCAGUCUAAGCCCCUGACCCAGAGGCCAGAGGCUGAAGUGGGGGCUGUCCGCGUGCACCCUCCCACUGGCGGUAAUCCCAAGGGUACCAUCUCUUCACUGCCGAUGGAGGUAGAGCUGGUCUCCGUGAGACGCUCAAGUAGGGUUGAGCCCGAGGGCUGCAGUGGGGCAAACCUGGGCCGUGUGGUGCCCAAACCAGAUCCAGGGCACCAUAGCCCAGACUCCUCCCAACUCACCACCACUACCUCCCAUAGUCAAGCAGUUCCUUGCCUCCCCGGCCAGCCCAGCAGAGCCUGGGCACCCAUUAGCAACCCUGAGUUGGGCGAUUUGGUGGACAGCAGCCACGUGGACAUCCCUGAUGCCCAAGAGACCAACCCACUGGCAGUAUGCCAUCCUGAAGCAUUGGCGAGGAACUUCAGCCCUGCUGUACAGACCAUGGACCCUACUAUACCAGGUGGUGAAGAAACAAAGAGGUCAGCGCAGACUCUCGACCCACUCUCAAUGCUUGAUGAGGAAGACCGCAGAAAGAUUGAAGAAAUCAAAGCAGAGCUACUUCAGAAAGCAAAGAAUUCCAUCGGCCUCCAGUGUGCAUGGUCGGUGACGGCUAAGGAUUCUUCACUGGUGUCGGACCCCGGCUGGCCUGCCUGCCCCCUCCCCACCUGCCUGCCCCUCAGCAGCACAAGAUCACGGAUCCACACGCAGGAUUGGGGCCCAUCGGACAAGCAGUGGAACAUGGACAAGCUCCUGGGGACCCUGGGUGCAGGGUCUCCCCCGACUCCUAUUGCUGCCAUCACUAUCUGUUCCCGCAGGAAGCCCCCGUCCUCAAGCCCCUCGCUUUCGGCAUCCCUCCUUAUGGCUCCAUCUGACCAUGAGCAGUUCCCUGCCCACCUCCAUGAAGCCAAGGUCUCGGCCAUAGAACCAGCUCAGUGCUUGGAGUCAGUGGUCGGUGAUGAGGGUCAGUGCCCACAGGAGGACAGGCACAUUGCCAAACCCAUUACAGUGAGACAGGAUGUGGCAGAGGCAGCUGAGGGGCUCACAGAUGGUGACUCCAUCUCAGCCCCCCUCCGGUCUCCUACCAGGACUGUGAUGUCCCACAUCAGGGUGACCCUGUCUCCUAACCGAUCCAGGAGCCCCCUUUCCCCCUCGGGCAAGUCCCUUCUCCUGUCAGGAACGCAGCCUUCUCCACCAGCUCAGCACCCCAUCCCUGCAACAGCCAGCCAUUGUCCACCCUAUCCACCAUUGCCCAUGCCCAUGCCUGCCAUUUGCCCUACCUUCCCAUCCUUGGUUGACCACUCCCCAGGAGCCAUGUUCCCUGGCACCGGGCAACCACAGGGCCAGGACAGUCCAGAAACAAGGACUGUCACAGUACAGGGCAGCAGCAAGGUGGACGUGUCCACCCAAACGUCUGGACUGGCUUUCGCCCCCCCUGCAGGAUCUAUGCUCAGCCAGGCAGCAGGUCAGGACGUGGGAGUUUGGAGUGAGGGAACGCCAUCCGUGCCGGCUCCGGUGACUGGGGGAACCACUGAUGUCUCUGGUCAUGUCUUGACCACAGAUGUUCCCCUGAUGUUGCCUUACAAACCCGCAGGCAGCUCCAGGCUGUUCUACAUGCCCAGCUCUGAAGCAAGGCAUAGGAUUGGCCUGAUGGAUUCCAAGAACAGUGGUGAAAUCUCCCAAGCAGAUUUAAAUAAUGUACCUCCCCCAGGCCCCCAGUCCCAAGUACUACCUCCAUCAGGAAGCCACACAGCACUUGGUAAAGGAACAGAGCACUGGAAUAGUAGGAAGACUGUAGCCUCAAAAGUGACCAGGAGCAAGGAGGGAAGAGAUCCCAGAUCUCACCGGAGCCUGCACACCCAGCGAGCAGGGGGCUUAAAGAACUCACCAAGGCAAAGGGCAGAAGGCGAGGGUGCCCAGUACAGGACAAAUCGUCACCCUAAGGAGAGGCAGCGAAUGGCAGGCAGCCGACACGCCCCACUCCAGCAUGCCAAACGAGAGGCCUGGCUUGAACCCUGCCCCCUGGAAGGGGAGUCUGGGCUCUCGUACAAGGAGCGGGCAAAAGCCGUGGUGAGGAGUGCUUGGGAGCAGCCAGCACCUGGGCACCGACCCCGGGGCAGCGCACUCGAUGAGCUGUGGGAGCGCUUCCAGGAGCGGCAGCAGAGGCAUUGGAGCCUGAACUCGAGCACAGCCAGCGAGUUGUCCCUGCUGCAGCGGCUCGAUCGCCUGGCGCAGCUCCUGCGGGAUCCCCGUCCACUGGCUGCUGGCCGCCCACGCUCUCCCAGCACCACCUCGAUGGCUGAGAUCUCCACCGACCACGUCCGAUUCCUGCAUGACCCUGACAGCUCAUCACCCAGGGUCCCAUCCACUGAAUCAGCCACCUGCGGCCCAUCGGACUCCAGCAGUGCAGCUUCGACCAUCGACACUGCCCGCCUGAUCAGGGCAUUUGGGCCCGAGCGUGUUCUGCCUCUCGACCGUCUGUACGGCACCAUCCAGCGGCAGAGGGAGCAUCCAACUCCGCGGCGAGAGCGGCCAAGGAAGGGAGAGACUCGAUACCCUGGUACUCGCAAGGUCUCUACCCCGCAGGCUCUUACUGUAUCCUCUAGCACUUCCGACUCAGCUGCCGGACGCAGAGGGUCAGCUUGGCCACCCCAAGGACCCUCUAGCCGGCUCCUCUCCAAGAAGGUUACUCGUCUGGUUGACCAGGGCGUGCAGACAGGCUCUCUGGAGAUCGUCCCAGGCGCCACCAGGAGACAGACCCGUGACGUGGGGGUGACCUUCCCAUCGCCAGAUCCGGAUGUGAGCCUGCAGCGACUGACCGGGCCUAGAGACAGGAGGAAAGGUGUAUCCCAGACUGAGAGGAAAGCCAGUAAAGGCCACAGGACACCAGCUAUCGCCUGGUACAUCCCUGCACACGAGCUACAGGGGGACUGGAGGAAGGAGAAUACUAAUGACCAGUAUCGACCAGUGCAGGCACGGGCCCAGCGGGGGCUUGUCCCCCAGCUGUGGAGGGAGCCUCUCCGACAAAGACAUCUUCAGGACCAGUGGGUCAGCAAGGAGGCGCGGGACACUUGGCCCCCACCGCCAGCUCGAGAGGAUGGGGUUGGGGGCAAGUUCCCCUCCACGCUUGUUCCCCUCACGCUCAGGGAAGCCUUGAUCAUGAACAAACCCUGGUUCAUUUCGCACUCACAAGAGCGUGUUCGUCGCCUUGCUUUGCUGGUGGAAGAGAGGAAGUUGCAGAGUGAGUUCCAGAGUGAGAGGGACAGAUUGUUCAACCAGCCCCCAUCGCGGGGCUUCCGGGAGUGGAGGGGCCAACGUCCAGAUUACUCCAUUUUAUUCAAGAAGAAAAUUUCCAAGCAAGAAAUGUUGGAUCGUUCUAAGCGACUGUAUGAGCAGCUUCCCGAAGUGGUCAGGAGGAGAGAAGAAGAAAAACGGAAAACAGAGUAUCGGGCUAACCGCCUGAAAGCUCAGGUCUAUAAACAGAAAAUCACCAAUCGUGUUUUGGGCAAGAAGGUCUCUUGGCAGUGAUUACUCAGCAACUCGUGCCUGAUGCCUGGACUCUCUCCUCUGUUCCAUUUGCUGUAAUGUAAAUAAAUCUUUAGUUAAAUAAAAAUACUCCCUUGUUUUACUUUCACUCUACAAGAACAGAGCAAACACACUCACUGAACAUCAGGUUAUUAGGGACCCAAACACUCCCCCCUCUGUUUCUGACCCUGGACCAGAACUCAGCAGCCUGAGAUUUUUUUUGCUUGGAGUAGAAAGCAGUGCCCCAGCAGGGUUUUGCUCGUGCCUUUGGGAGCUUGUGUCUUAGUCUUCCUGCAGCACUAAUUGCAAAGGGCUGCUGCUAACUGUACAGGUUGUAUUCUCCCUGUGACUGCUCACUUCUGACAGACCGUCUUGGAACAGAUUCACUCCAC